AUGUCCCCUGAGCCCUACAGCAAGGAAACCCUCAACAACUCUCCUCUCGCUGAACAUGGUAGAGAUUUUCCCUGUAAACUACGCACAGAUGCAUUCUUGGCCCCUUCAACAGAAACUGUCUACCAGAUCGGCAUUGAAAACAUAAUCAAGUUCAAAGGAAGCGCGACCCACGGUGGCGGCUCAUGCCAACUGAGCCUGACCGAAGACCGUGAGCCAACCAAAGAUUCUGAAUGGAUGGUCAUCAAGUCCUAUGAAGGAGGUUGCCCCACGAAGGCAGAGAAACUCGCCGGAGGCGCCACUGCCGACAAUGCCCUUCACCUUGAUUUUGCAAUCCCCAAAGGCGUUAACCCCGGGAAAUAUACUUUGGCCUGGACAUGGUUCAAUCGUAUUGGGAAU